CCCGCCGGCCCGCGCGCCGCCCGCUGCCAGCCCAAGCCGCCAGCCCGCGCGCCGUCGCCACCAUGGAGCACUUCAUCGAGACCGUGCGCAGGUACCCGUGCCUGUGGAAUACCACCGCCAUCGAGUACCGGGACCAGGAGCUGAAGGACGCAGCUUGGAGCGAGGUGAUGAAGGAGACCGACUUGUCGUCAGUAAAAGAAGUGAAGAUGAAAUGGAAGAAGCUACGCGACAGCUAUCGAGACGCAUUGAAGCGCGAGAUGUUGGCCAAAGAGCCCAACAACACUGCCAAGAAGAACUACCCGUGGAAGUACAUGGGGCCUAUGCAGUUCCUCCAGCCGCAUAUGAGCGUGCGAAAGAAGCCACCGGAGCCCUACCCCGCGCCACCGGAGUCCGCGCACAACGGUGCGGAGCCCCACUCUUCCGAGGACUCCGAAUCGGAGGUAGACAACGACUCUUCCGCGAAACGCAAAGGAUCCGUCCGUCUGGCCGUCAUCGACAGAAAACUGGACUACCUGUGCAAAGCUCAAAGCAAGCGGCAAUUUACAGAGGCGCAUCUACACGAGCGUGGCCGUCCCCCACCAGCCGCGCCCGACCCCCUUGACAUAUUCUUCAAUAGUAUGUGCCAGUCGACAAAAAGGUUCCCGUACCCUACACAGAUCAAGAUAAAGCGGACGCUAUUCGAGGCGGUGAUCGCAGCAGAGGAGGCACUGGUCGCGGAACAGCAGAGCUACGCUAGUUUAUGGGCGCGCGGCGCUGGUAGUUCCUCCAGCAGUUCGGAGGGCGGUGAGGGAGCGGAGGGCGAAGGAGAAGGGGAGCGCCGGCCCUCCUGAGCCACGCUUUUCCGCUGGCUGUACCCGCUGUACGACAGCUAUGCGCAUUACCGCGCCGCAACCGCGAGCACCGCACACCCCGCGCACCCCGCACCCCACGGCGCCAUGAUCUGAUGCAAUACCCCACCAACAUUAAUGUAAUCCUAGUGUGGAUAAUUUCUCAUCAUUCAAAUCUCAUUAGCUAUAAGACAAGACAAGUGGAUAUUAACUGGAAUGGCUUGCAAAUCUAGUAAAAAAGGAAUUCGUUUCCUGUUACGUUUUCUGUAUGAACCAUUUUUAAAUUGCAAGCCACGUGUGGAAAUUGAAUUUAUGUAUGGUUGUAACAUAAGGGUAUUUAUGUAUAAGUUUACUAUUGUAUUAUUAUUAACAUAGUAUUACAAGAUAGUGUUAGUGAGAUCCUAUUACGUUAUGUUGCAGACGCUGAGAGAGCGCCAAAUUAUUUUACGAAUUAUCUACCUGUUGGUGUAAUCACAUGAAGGAAAAGAAAUUCAUUUGAAUCUUGUUACUCAAAAUGACAAUAUACGAUGCAAGUUCUAGCUGGCACACACCUUUGACAAAACUAUCGAACAAUUAUUGUGCGAUUGUCGAUUGUUCCGCAGCUAUCAACUGUUUAGUUGCACAACUAAAAAUCGAUUAGUGUUCACCUCCGUAUAAGAUGAUACGAAUCAAAGAGAUACUAUACAGUUGUGCGACAGUUUAGUCAAAGGGGAGCUCGCUCGACAAUUAUGUCAGUGCCCAUUUAUGUCCACUAAUGCUUAUAAGUGUCCACUAAUGCCCACUAUCGGGUCUAAUGUAAGAGUCACCUAAACACAUCGACUGAAUUUUUAAUUAACUUAGAUUGUAAUUUAAUGUACUCGUAAUUGGAAUGUGUGGGUUUACAUAUUUCCAGUUGUAAUCCAGCGCUAAUUUCGACUGGACUGGAAUGAUGUAAAUCGGGUCUUAAGUGAAUGUAUUCCUUUAAGGUAAAUAAAGAGAUUUUACAUUGUA